AUGUCGGAAACACAGCAACGCCUCGAGAGCGGCUCUGCGUUCUCCCAUCUCUCUUUCGCCGCGGCAAGCUCCUUACCGCCGCUCUCUCGAAUCUCACCACCAAGCUCUCCAGACGAGAACUCUUCUACCAAGGGCUCUGCCGACUCACCAUAUCUCGACUUGCAAGGUCCCAAGUCACAAGAGGGUAUGCCCUUCAACGAUUUUGUCAUCGAAAAUGACCAACUGCACGACUACGAGGCCCAGAAUCCCAUCAAGCGUCACUUUGACCCUCGAGUCGUUCUCGACCUGACCGCCAUGUCCAUUCUGAUUGCUGGCAUCCUCACACUCUUCCUCGGCUAUCCACUCAUCGAGUUUGGCGGUCUAGCUCGCAGCAAAGCCAACAAAGGCGGCUUCAACCUCGGCGGCACCAACGCUUCCGGACAAGUGCCAAACAUGCACAAUAUGCGAAUGUCGCUGAUUGACCCGGACACCCCGCAAGAAGUACGCUCAAAGAUGUCCGUCGACGGAUCGCAACAGAUGCAGCUCGUAUUCAGUGACGAGUUCAACACCGAUGGUCGAUCCUUCUACCCCGGCGACGACCCCUUCUGGACAGCAGUCGACCUUUGGCCUUGGCCAACAGGCGAUUACGAGUGGUACAGUCCCGAAGCCCUCACCACCGCCAACGGCAACUUGGUCAUCACCGCCGAUCAGGUCGAGACCAACAACCUCAACUUUCGCAGUGGUCAAAUCACCACUUGGAACCAGUUCUGCUUCACAGGUGGAUACAUUGAAACACGAAUCCAACUUCCCGGAAGCAGCUCCAUUUCCGGUUGGUGGCCAGCAGUAUGGACUAUGGGCAACCUUGGUAGAGCCAACUACGGUGCAACAACGCAAGGCACAUGGCCAUAUGCAUACAGCUCUUGCGAUAUCGGAACACUCAGAAACCAGACCGACCCUGAUGGCCUCGGCCCUGUAGGUGCCCUCAGGAGUGGUGACACCGUCUUCAACAACAAGUACGACACCACAUCCAUCAGCUGGCAGCCUGGUCAACGUCUCUCUGCCUGCACAUGUCCGGGCGAGGACCACCCGGGACCAAAGGACUCGAACGGCAACUUUGUCGGUCGUGCAGCACCUGAAAUCGACGUCAUCGAAGCACAGGUUGGUAAUGGCAGAGGCGGUGUCUCCCAAUCCGGUCAGUGGAUGCCUGCAAACUACGGCUACCAACUCAUCAAUACCACUGGCACAGAGUACGAAUUCUUCCAGCCAACAGUGAAGCUCAACGAGUAUCAAGGAAACGUAUUGCAGCAGUCGGCCAGUGGUGUCGCCGACACGCUCCAGACGGCAUACCAGUACAGCGGUGGCGACUUCUCCGUCUACGGUUUCCAAUACAAGCCUGGCUAUGACGGCUACAUCCACUGGAUCAACAACGGCCGACGCUCAUGGUCGCUCUACUCGGGCGCUCUUGCAGCUGAUCCACGCGUCGGCAUCGAUCGCAGACCAGUGCCACAAGAGCCCAUGUACAUCCUCAUCAACCUGGCCAUCUCGUCUGGGUUCGGCUUCAUCGAUUGGGAACAUCUACGAUUCCCAGGCAAGAUGCUCAUCGAUUACGUUCGAGUCUACCAGCCAGAAGGUCAAACAAAUAUCGGAUGUGAUCCCGAAGACUUCCCCACCCAAGACUACAUCAACCGUCACAUUGAAGCUUAUACCAACCCCAACUUGACCAUCUGGGGUGGAACAGCCAAACAGGGCGGAUACCAGCAAAACUGGCCCAGGAAUAGGCUCUACCCUGACGGCUGCACAAAUCCUCCAUCCAAAUUCCCAGGUCCUAACCCCGCGGUAUAG